AUGGAGGGCUCCAGCGUUGGCCGACUCUCGUCAAACCGUUGGCCGCCCGUCGAGAGCCUUUCAGCCGAAGCGAAAACUCCUCUCCCGCCGGUCCAGGUGAAGAAACAAGCCGUGAAGCGACACCACCACAAACACAACUUGAAACACCGCUACGAGUUCCUGGAGACGCUCGGGAAAGGAACGUACGGGAAAGUAAAGAAAGCUAAGGAAAGAUCUGGAAGACUGGUUGCCAUUAAGUCCAUCAGAAAGGAGAAGAUCAAGGAUGAACAAGACCUGGUUCACAUUCGCAGAGAAAUUGAGAUCAUGUCGUCACUGUGUCACCCGCAUAUCAUCACUAUAUACGAAGUAUUUGAGAACAAGGACAAAAUUGUGAUCGUAAUGGAGUACGCCAGCCGGGGAGACUUGUACGACUAUAUCUGCGACAGAAGGCACGUCUCCGAGCAGGAGUCGAGGAACUUCUUCAGACAGAUUGUGUCUGCUGUGCACUACUGCCAUCAAAAUGGAAUAGUUCACCGGGAUCUGAAACUGGAGAAUAUUUUACUAGAUGGCAAUGGCAACGUCAAGAUUGCUGACUUUGGCCUGUCAAACCUCUAUAACAGAGACGAGUACCUUCAGACAUUCUGCGGUAGCCCAUUGUACGCAUCCCCAGAAAUCGUAAAUGGUCGGCCAUACCGUGGGCCGGAGGUGGACACGUGGUCUCUUGGGGUGCUGUUGUACACUAUGGUUCAUGGUACAAUGCCAUUUGAUGGCAACAACCACAAGGACCUUGUGCAGCAAAUCAGCACUGGAAAUUACCGCAAACCAAACAAACCCUCCGAUGCAUGUGGUCUCAUUCGUUGGAUGCUAAUGGUCAACCCUGAGCGCAGAGCUACAAUUGAGGAAAUAGCAGGACACUGGUGGCUUAACUGGGGUUACCAGAAACCCCUCCUCUCUGAGACAACAGCCAACCAAGUUGAGGGUGCAAAGUCGACGGCCUCUUCGUCAGCGCAGCACCCGGCCGGGCUGGCUAGCGUUGCUAGCUGGCUGAGACGUACAUCCAGGCCUUUGCUCGAGAAUGGCUCCAAGAUGCGCUGCCUGCUCCGCUCACAAGGCGUUAGUGGCAAUGAUGUAGUUCGACAGCGUUCUCUACGUAGGUCACAAAAGGAGAACAAUGUCUCCCAGCCCAGCCACGAAGGAAGUACAGACACCCGACCUUCUAAGGGGAUUUUAAAAAGAAGAAACAGUGUAAAACAAAAGGUCAUCAGUGAGACCACUACCACAUCACUGGAACAUCAAAACAUUUUGUCCAACCCAGCCAGCGCCCCUUCAGCGGAAAUGGUACCUCGCAAAGGUAUCCUCAAGAAGCCCACAGAGCAAGAAUCUGGCUAUUACUCCUCCUCCCCUGAGAACAGUGACUCUGGCUGGGUCCCGCAAUCCAAAGCGCCCACCUCAAUAUCAACCCACAGAAAAGGCAUACUCAAGCGAAAUGGAAAGUUCUCUGGUGCGCAGGAGUUCGGCUCCUUAGAUCAGCUAGCAGUUUCAUUACCCAACAGGGGCACAAGGGUUAGAUCGAGUGGUGCUAUCAGCGAGGAGAGCAUUCUGUCCUCAGAGUCCUUUGAUCAGCUGGAUCUUCCAGACUUUGCACGACUUCCUGCACAUCCAGAGAAAGCUGGACGGCCCACCAUGAGAGGAUGUGUGUCUGCUGACAAUCUGCUUGACAUCCAAGAAGAUGAUAUUCUUGGAGAUGGGCUGCACAGGAAGUGGAACUGCUAUGAGUCUGGAGUGGCUGACAGUGCCUUCUCCAUUACAGACUGCGAUAAUGUGACCGAGGCUUACAAGCAGGCCUUAAUUAUUCACAGUCCUGUUUCAAGUUAA